UCUCAGCUCCAACCCACCAUUUUUCUCUCCCUCGUGGUUGUUCAUUAUUAUCAUCAUGGAGACGAAGAAUACGGCCGCCAGAGUCGGCGGGGCCACCUCCGCCGCCGCGGCGAAGGACGUGGUGCAUUACAGGGGAGUGAGGAAGCGUCCGUGGGGGAGGUACGCCGCGGAGAUUCGGGACCCCGGGAAGAAGAGCCGGGUGUGGCUCGGCACCUUCGACACGGCCGAGGAGGCCGCGCGGGCCUAUGACGCGGCGGCGAGAGAGUUCCGCGGCCCCAAGGCAAAGACCAAUUUCCCCGAUAUGCCCUCUGACAUCCAACAAAUCACCAGAACCGCUAACCACCGCCCUAACAAGAUCAGCUACAGGAACGAUAGGAACCGCACCGAUGUCAACAGCCGGAGCGUCAGCCCUAGCCAGAACAGCACCGUCGAGUCCUCCGGCCACGAGCGGGAACUGGUGCCCGAUUCCCAGCCGGUCCGGCUGGAUCUGAUCAACCUCCUCCACCGCGGCGGCGGGUUGCCGUUUCAGCACCAGCAGCUGCCGGCGGCUAGCCACGUCCUGUACCUCGAUGCAAUGAUGAGAGCCGCGGCGGCGAAAUGGCACCCCCAGUCCCGUCCCCCGCCGCCGCCUGCGGCCGGGACAGGCAGCGGCGGCGCUCAUAGCAGCGACUCUGAUGCGUCGACCGUCGUGGAUGGGAACGAUGGGGACCGGAGCAAAGGGAGAGUGCUGGAUCUGGAUCUGAACCUUCCGGCAACGGAGUAGACGGAUAAAUCAAAAUUAGUAAUUAAUCCACUUUUUGUCGAUUUAAUUUUAUGGAAAAAUAGACAAAAGGGAUUAAAAAGGAAAAGGAAAAAAAAAAGGGAAAAUUUUAGUAAAGAUGACGGAUCGGUGAGAUCGCCGGCCGGCGAUGUGAAUAGUUAGCUCCGAUGACGGCCACUGCUUCCCCGUGCGCUUUUUUGCAACAGGAGGAGGAAACUCUGUUUCUCUGUUGUUCAUGCAGACUAAGGGAAGAGUUUUUUUUUUUU